UUCCCGUGCUGCUCGCACCACGACAUUGACUGGGUGGCCGAGUGAGGAAGAGAGUCGAGCGGAUGCAACAACUGGAACAAUAGCAUCACAUGGACGCGCUGUUGGCCUGACUUGCAACACCAAUGCCAACUCGUUCCUGACCGCCGGCGCUGUCGUUUUCGGAUUUCAGUUCGUUGGUCGACGAACAACCGACAUGGAGCACAAUCACAUGCCAACCGACGAGCGCCCGCCGCAGAUUUCACCAACGCAGCCCGGAGCAGGUGCAGCGCUGCCCGCUCCUUCAAUGCAGCAAUCCACCGACGCGGACAAUGCAGCUGCGGAUGCUUUGGGAUCGGACCGGAACCCGUUCUCACCGGACCAUCGCCCUGCAGUAAAUUCGACACCCUCCUUACAACUCCCACCCCUCUCGGUCUCAUUCCCAAGCGACUCGACAACCGAACUGGCGCCCAUACAAUCGUCGCGAGACUCGACUUCCCUGCCUUCCACUCAGACUUUGCCGCCAUUGUCAUCUGUGACCGGCGCCCAAAGCCAUGCUCCUCUCCCUAAACCUCCCGAGCCGUCGCGUCCUGCCCCCUUCACCGGGCCGACAAAUCCCUGGCCCAGCCUCAACCCGUUUACGACAUACUACAAACCUAGCUACCUUGAGUCGGCCGAGUCGCCGCCGAGCAUGACGUCGGAGCCUGGGCCCAGCCGGAGCGUGAGCUUGGAUGAUCCGGACGUGAGGAUUGCCGCCGAGGCACUGGGGCAGAUGAAGACAGAAUGCGCCUCCUCCCCCCGCAACCGAGGGUCGACUCCCAACACCCGCGCAUCAUCCAGAGACUACAAGACAGCGAGUCCUCCGCCGCGGAACCACACCGGCAGAAGAGCAGAGCCCCUCCUGUCACUUAUAACGACAACGUAUCCGCUUUUGGGCUCCACCAUUGAAAACGCCGCUUCUGCUUAUAACACCGGUAAGAACUAUUCGCCGCAUCUCAAAACUGGUGCCGAAUACGUCGAGAACCUCGUCAAGCCAGCAGUCGAAACCGUGGGCCGCAAGACGGGGGUUGAAGGGGGUAUGAGGUGGCUAUUUUCGAUGCGAGGCAGAAAACAGCGUCCGUCAACAGACAUCGAGACCGACGAGCGGGGCAACGGCAAACGCCGCAGGUCGGACCGGAAUUCCAAAGGCGAGGAGACGCCACACACGUCGCCGCAUGACAUACACACCGAUAGUGUGGACCGGCGCAUGUCUAUCAGCACCGUCGACACGCUGCCGGCCUAUGACGACCAAAGAUCGCCAGCAUAUUCCGAAGUUGUCGAGAACCCGCCGCCAUCGGGUCCGGGCGCUGCCGUCACGGGACAGCAAUGGGGCCAGCGGUUCGUCGUAACCACUUCCGGACUCGGUAUUGCCAUGAAGAAGGAGAGCAUCAAGAGCCUGAAGUACUGUCUUAAGGUGGUUAGGGACACGAACAGCUACCUCAGCGAUAUUCUCGUCAAGCUCAAGAGCGUCAUUGAAGAAUACGACCUCGCAUCGCAAACGGACGUGGAUGACCACAGCAUGACAGACGGCGACCCUCCCGCUCCGCACACGGCCGAGCAACGCAGCAAGCUGAUCCAGCGCAUGUCUGAGCUUCGCGAAGAUCUCUUCCGCGUCAUCCAGCGUACCGUGCAGACAGUCUCCAAGUACGCCGGCGGCGCUCUUCCCGAGAACGCAAGGAACCUGGUGCACAGCCAGCUCAUGAGUCUGCCUGGGCGCUAUCAGAUUCAUUACGUGCGGGAAACCGAGGGGCGGCGGAAUCGAGAGAACAGCAGCCCGGACGCGUGGACGCGGGAUAGCGCCCAUUUGGCCCUGCUCUUUGCGAAGGAGGCACUGCAGAUGAUGACCCAGGUCGGCGAGGUUCUAAACAGAACCCUCGUGAGUGCGGAGGAGUGGUGUGACACACUGUACGGAAAGAAGGGGCAACCUAUUCCGUCGCUCGGUACUGACCAGUCCUCACCGGCCGCGCCGGUUCCUACCAUCGACCAAGAUGUUCAGAUGUCUGGUUAAGCGUCAUGGAUUUAUUGGCGUUUGGGAGGUUGGAGUUCCGGGAUAGCAGCGCGGGGUUAGAGGAAGGAAAGAAAGAGUAAGAUAUACGAAGGAUUUGGCGGUUUGUUGCGCAGAGAUCAAUCACGGUCACAGUUCCUUAUU